CCCGCCAGGGUACUACUACCGGCGGGGCCACGGCACGGGGCAGCGCAACUGGCUCAUCUUCCUGCCGGGCGGCGCGUGGUGCUAUUCGGUGCGCUCGUGUCGCAGGCGCGCGAACACGCUGCUGGGGAGCUCCUCGCUGUGGCCGCACCCGUCGCACCCCGACUUCAACACCCAGUUGAAGCGGCUGACGGGGUACGGCAUGGACGGCAUGCUGCACGGCAGCGCCGCCGUCAACCCGCGCUUCUUCAACUGGCACGUCGUGCUCAUCGCUUACUGCGACGGCGCCGCCUUCUCCGGCACGCGCGGCCGCUUCAACGCCACGCGCUCCUCGUCGCUCGUGGCGGGCGGCAGAAGCAUCCUCAAGUCCGUCAUCCGCCACAUGCGGGUGGCGCGGGGGAUGCAGGGCGCGCAGCGGGUGGUGGUGGCGGGGUGCUCGGCGGGCGCGCAGGCGGUGGCCAUGCAGUGCGACGCGCUCGCCCGCCUGCUGCCCACGGCGGCCGCCAAGCGCUGCAUCAUGGACGGCGGCUUCUUCCCCGACAUGCGGGAUGUGAGUGGCACGUUCUUCAUGCGCAAGGUGGCGCAGCGCCUCGUGGCCAUCCACAACAUGUCCGCUGACCCCGACUGCCUUAGAGGGGAGGGCCCUGACGGGCGGUGGCGGUGCUUCUUCCCGGAGCAUGGGUUGCGCUACGCCAUGACGCCGCUGCUGCUCGUCAACUCCGUCAACGAUGCCGACGCCAUCAACCUCCUCAACCUCCACUCCCCCACACGCCGUCGCCUCCGCCGCUGCCUCGCCAGCAUGGCGGGCGGCGGCAGCAGUAAGCAGUGUGCCAAGGCGGACGUGGGCAUGGCGCUGGCGUAUGCCAUCCGGGUGGCGGGGCUGGCGAGGCAAGUGGCGCAGCAGAAUGCAGCGGUGAAGCCGUUUCUGUACCGCGAGCGCAUGCACUGCGCCACGCUGGAGAACCGGUGGAGCACGGUGCAAGGGGAUGGGGGCGCACUGAGAGACGUGCUGGGGUCGUGGGCCUUGAGAUGA